ACCAACCCAAGGCAGGGAUGCCAAACGCUGUCUGCGAGUUUGUGUGUUUACAAGUGGUUCCACGCCGCGCAGGAUGUCCGAUAGAUUGCAGUGUCCCUACGAUCCGUUACAUCAAAUUCCGGUCAAUUCGUUCGGCAAACAUUUGCUAAAAUGCGAACGCCAACAUCCAGAGAUGAAUUUGGCCCGCUGCCCGCUGAACAGCUUCCAUCGAUUCCCGCAGGAGAAACUCAAAGAGCACCUGAAAGUCUGCCCUAGCCGUGCGGAAGUAGAGUCCUACAAGUAUGCUGUAGGGACGGUGUCGAAUUCUCUGCUACAUGCCUGCGAUUCUAAACCGCUGGAGGUCAUCCUUAACACAAGUUCAACGGUGGCAGAAGGCUCACUCGCAGUGGACAACGAGGUAUGGGACGAUUUCGCCUCCAAAGCGUACGAUCCGGUGCAGCACUGCAAACAGCGUCAACAGGCGGAUCCGACGUUCAUCUCUCCGGCGGCCUGCAAACUCGUCGGUGGUAGCGCAUCGACGACACAAGCCGAAACGAAACCGGCCGCAGAGGCAGUAGAUGGUCCGCUUAUCAAACAGGAACCAGCGUCAUCCUUUGAAGACACGCCAAUGCCAUACGAACUAAACCUGAAACAGGAAAGCGGACAGCCGGUGGAUCGUAAACCGUACGAAACGAGUCGCCGCGCAGAGCAGGAAAUGUAUCGAUCAGACAUUGCGCAUUCCUACAAAAACUAUAAGCCGUACGACAGGACAGAUAGAUCCCGGUACAACUCAGCGAACGACGAUUGUUCCAGACGAUCAAAUGAUCGGUCGUACCGAAGUCCUCAUAGCGCUAAGCAUAUCAGUCGGAGCUCCGAGGAGUGUUCCAAAACCAAACCGUAUGAAGGCCGUUCAAAUUAUAGCCGGCAAGAUGCUUACAGAUACUUCAAUAAUCAUGAUUACCAGUAAUAUGAUCUAUUUUAAACAAAUAUACCAUGGCAUUUAAAAUCUCGAAGAAAAUAAAAUUAUGAAAAUGUGUCUCGUUAUUUUCGAUCGAGUCUAACUUCAAGGGUUAAAGAACAUAACCCUGCAUGCAACUCCACGCAACA